ACGCGGCCCGGCGCGGCCGCCCGGCAGCCCGCGAUGCCUUGGGACCGCCGGGCGCGCCGGCCACGCCGCGGGGCAUGGUGAGCCCGGGGCGGUCGCUCCCCCCGGGGACCCGGCGGGCGGCCUCGCUGCUCUGCCUCAGCCUCCUCCUUCUGCUGCUGCUGCUGCGGGGCACCGAGGCGCAGAAAGGUGACGGGUGUGGACACACUGUGCUGGGCCCUGAGAGCGGGACCCUGGCCUCCAUAAACUACCCCCAGACCUCUCCCAAUAGCACUGUGUGUGAGUGGGAAAUCCGUGUGAAGCCUGGGCAGCGAAUUCAGCUCAAGUUUGGUGAUUUUGAUAUUGAUGACGCUGAUUCCUGUCAUUCCAGUUACCUGAGAGUUCAUAAUGGCAUUGGCCCCAACAGGACAGAAAUAGGAAAAUACUGUGGGUUUGGCUUUCAAAUGGAUGGUUUAAUUACUUCAAAAAGUAAUGAAGUCACAGUACAGUUCAUGAGUGGAAUUCACAGUUCUGGACGUGGAUUUCUUGCAGUUUAUUCAACCACUGACAAAUCAGACUUAAUUACCUGUUUAGACAAUGCAAGUCACUUUUCCGAACCAGAAUUCAAUAAGUAUUGUCCAGCUGGAUGUGUGAUUCCUUUUGCUGAUAUUUCAGGCACUAUUCCUCAUGGAUACAGAGAUUCAUCAUCACUUUGUAUGGCCGGUGUUCAUGCAGGUGUCAUGUCAAAUACUCUGGGUGGUCAAAUUAAUGUUGUAAUCAGCAAAGGCAUUCCGUACUAUGAAGGCUCCCUGGCUAACAAUGUCACCUCAAAAGUGGGACCCUUGUCUACGAGUCUCUUCACCUUUAAGACGAGUGGUUGCUAUGGGACACUGGGGAUGGAGUCUGGGGUGAUUCCUGAUUCCCACAUCACAUCAUCAUCGAUUCUUGAGUGGCCUAACCAAACGGGACAAGUAAACAUCUGGAAACCUGAAAAUGCCAGACUAAAAAGGGUUGGACCUCCUUGGGCUGCUUUUAUCAGUGAUGAACAUCAGUGGUUGCAGAUUGACUUGAAUAAAGAAAAGAAAAUAACAGGUAUUAUAACUACUGGAUCAACUUUAGCAGAGCACUACUAUUAUGUCUCAGCCUACAGAAUUUUAUACAGUGAUGAUGCACAGAAGUGGACAGUGUACAGAGAACCUGGCAUGGGUAAAGAUAAGAUAUUUCAAGGGAAUACUGAAUUGUACCAGGAAGUUCGCAAUAAUUUCAUUCCACCUAUUAUUGCACGUUUUUUUAGGAUUAACCCCUUAAAAUGGCACCAGAAAAUUGCAAUGAAAGUAGAAUUGCUAGGAUGUCAGUUUAGUAUAGGUCGUGCUCCUAAAAUCACCUUGCCAGCACCGCCUCAGAACAAGAAUGAUGAGAAGAAUGCUGACUUUGUGGAUGACUUCAUUCAUUCAGUGAAGACUUCACUGCAGACAGAUAAAACAACUUUCACACCUGAAAUAAAAAACACUACAGUGACUCCAAGUGUAACCAAAGAUGUGGCAUUGGCAGCAGUUCUGGUUCCAGUGCUGGUGAUGGUCUUCACUACUCUGAUUCUUAUCUUAGUUUGUGCGUGGCAUUGGAGAAACCGCAAGAAAAAAACUGAGGACACAUAUGAUGUACCUUACUGGGAUCGUGCAGGAUGGUGGAAAGGGAUGAAGCAGUUUUUCCCGAAUAAAUCAGCAGAACGUGAAGAAACUCCCGUAUGCUACAGCAGCAGUGAAAUCAGUCACCUAAGACCAAGAGAAGUCCCAACAAUGUUGCAAACCGAGUCUGCAGAAUAUGCUCAGCCUCUGGUAGGGGGAAUUGUGGGCACGCUUCACCAGAGAUCAACCUUCAAACCAGAGGAAGGAAAACAAACCAGUUACGCUGACUUGGACCCUUACAAUUCCCCCGUCCAAGAAGUUUACCACACCUAUGCCGAGCCACUGCCCGUAACCGGACCCGAGUAUGCGACUCCAAUAAUCAUGGACAUGUCCAGCCAUCCCAGCACACCUCUUGGCGCUCCUUCCAUUUCCACCUUCAAAGCUGCAGGGAAUCAAGCUCCUCCAUUGAUUGGAACGUGCAAUAAACUGUUAUCCAGGACAGACAGUGCAUCCUCAGCACAGGCACUGUACGAUAUACCAAAGGGGCAGCUGGGGCCGGGCAGUGCAGACCAACUCAUGUACCAGGUGCCACAGAGCAUGGCCCAUCCCACUGAAUCCAGGAGGCAAAGACUGAUAAAGCAAACUACCUGGGAACUGCUUUUACAUUAUUCCCUGUGCUUAUGAGGGCCACUUGAAAAUCAUCUGUCUCCAAGUCAGACUUCCCUGAUGCUCAGUGCAAGAAGCAUUCAGGUCUUGGAGGUGACUUGAAUUGAGAAGGGCCCUGCCCUACCCUCCCCAGAGUGUCCAUUAUUCUGUGUUCAGGUGUGAGCUUAUACACAAAAAGAUCUGUACAUACUUUUUUGAGUGCUUAAGGAAGCACACAAAUAUUCUAAUGGUGCACAGUUUGUGUUAGACAUGCAUUUAGCACAUAUGGUACGUUUUAGCACAACUGCCAAAUUUAGCCUUAGGGCUUUUUUUAUGAUUGUUCUUAUUAGAAGCAUGAAAGAUUCCAAAACCUUUGCAAAUGAACGAGUACUAUUCCAAAGAGUGUCCAUUUCAAACUUAUUUAUUGGAAUUUGUAUCCUUUGAAUGUUCCAGUGUUCUGUACUAUGAAAACAUUGCAGUCAGUCAUUUACUGGGGUAAUGUAGACUCAUUUUAGCUAGGUAAUCACAAAAUGAAAACAGUCUGAAUGGUAUAUUUGCCAUUUUUUAUCUUGUUAGAAAAAAAACAGCUUUCUUGCCUAAGUAGGAGAAAACCCCACCAUAAAAAUGCUGUAUGUUUAUUCUAACAGCACUAUUGGAAGGAUGCUGAAUCAACUCAAACAUGUGGACCCCCUCCCUACACAGUAGCCCAGUUUUAUGGACUUCAGGGGUUACUGUUUGUGGUGCAAUUCAAAGCUGUGUUUACUGCCCAGGUCCUUAAGUGCUGUGGACAAUGUCUGAAUGGAAGCUGCAGUGCUGUUCAAAGGGCUGCCACCAUGCCUUAACACCAGUACAGUAUCCUCACCCCUGAAAAUCUGUUUGCAGAGGGGCUGUAUAUAAACUCCGGGGUCAAAAAUCACUUGUGGCCUGUUCAACAUCUAAAAUAUGAUAUUAUGUAGAAUCAUGGAAUGGUUGGGGUUGGAAGGGACCUUAAAAAUCAUCUGCUUCCAAUCCCCUGCCAUGGGCAGGAACACCUUCCACUAGAUCAGAGCUCCAUUGAACCUGGCGUUGAGCACUUCCAGGGAUGGGGGUAUGCAUAAUUUCUUUGAGCAACCUGUUCCAGUGUCUCACCAUCUCACAGUAGAGAAUUUCUUUUAUCUAACCUAAACUUCCCCUCUUUCAAGUCUCCACUCAUUUCCCCUUGUCCUGCCACUGCAGUUCCUGACAAGGAGACCCUCUCCAGCUUCCCUGUGGGUCCCUUCAGGUACUGGAAGGUUGUAAUGAGGUUUCCACACAAUCUCCUCUUCUCCAGGCUGAACAGCCCCAACCUUCCCAGCCUGUCUCCACAGGGAAGGUGCUCCUGUCCUCUUACCAACCUCGUGGCCUCCUCUGGACUUGCUCCAGCAGUUCCACUUCCUUCUUAUAUUGGGGGCACCAGAGCUGGAUGCAGCACUCCAGGUAGGGUCUCACCUGAGCAGAGGAGAAUCCCUCACUCUUCUGGCCAUGCUGCUUUUGAUGCAGCCCAAGAUCCCAUUGGCUUUCUGGGCAGUGAGAGCACAUUGCUGGCUCAUGUUGAGUUUUUCAUCAACCAUCACCCCCCGUCCUUCUCUGCAGGGCUCCUCUCAGUCAUUUCUCUGCCCAACCUAUCUGUGAGCCUGGGAUUGCCCUGACCCAGGUGUAGAACAAUACCUUCUUCAACUCCAGGAGCUGUCACCUCUCAGGGCUGUCCGGUCCUUCUGGAUGGUAUCCCUUCCCUCCAGCAUGUUGACGGCACCUCACAGCUUGGUGCUGUGGGCAAACUCACUGAGGAUGUGCUCAUUCCAAAUGUCCCUGUCACCAACAAAGAUGCUGAACAUUCUCGGUGCUACCUUAAAGCCCAGUUGUACAAUUUCUGAUCAUUCAUUCUCAUUAAUUGAGAAUGACAUUUUUUAAUUAUUUGUUUUAGAGCUCGGUAUCUUAAGCUUAAAUGUAAAUGUAAGGAUGGUAAAUAAGACCCAUUUGUGAACAGCGAAUUGCUGACUGUGAUUGUACUUUUUUGUUACUGCAACUUUUUCGGACUGACAAAACUAGUCUGCAGUCUUUAAGUUUUGCUUAAACAGGUAAGUACUGUUCCUAGCUAUCAGCAGCAACUAUGACUGAAAUUAUCUGAGCUGAUUUUCUUUCAAGGGGUGGGAAGUUCUUAGUUUCCACUAAGAUGUGACAGUACAGCUACAGGCAAGUUAACAAUCCUUUCCAUUCUGAACCUGUACCAGUUUAGGCAUAGAAAAAUGCCUAUCUAAAAAUCUAUCAUAAAAAUAAAUGGAUGUGUCCAUAAAUAACGCAUCUAGAUUUGAUUUUUACUGCAGACCAGGAAUGGUAGAACUGUGGAUAGCUGAAGGCUGAGGUGGUGUAAGAAUUAUGCAGUUUCUCUACAGUGGGUUAUUUUUUAAGAAAACAUAAUGCAACUUCAUUAUCUGAGGAGCAUAAGCUGUUAAAGAAAUUGAUGUUUUUAAAAUUUAAGCCCCUUUUUGGAAGGAACUUGGUCCCAGGCUUUGCUCCUGCUUCAGACUUUGGACAUAUUAUCUGCUAGGGCUAAGAUACAUUUGAACAUGUAACAGUUGGGUUUAAAUUACAUGGCACACUAAGACUAGAAUUUCCCUGUGUACAAUAAAGGAAAGGUACAUUUCAUGGGUCUCUCUUACAUGUGAAGACAUGUAUAUAGAAUGUAUUUCAAUCUUGUUUGGCUUGUGUAUUCUCCCAGAAUGUAUGUUCUUACCUCAGCAUGUAUUGUAGUUGCUCAGUAUUUGUAUAUGUUGCUAGGACUUAGACUCUAUAAAUAGUGAGGGGGGUUUAUAUGUUAAAAAGUAUUUUAAAUAAAUUGUACAUACGUCUUACUCAGU